UGUUUGAUCGCUAUGCGUAUAUAUUUAUGUUUUUCUUCUUUGUAAUAUUCCUAUAAAUUGCAAAGUAUUCUACUGAAAUCUUUCAUUUGAAAAAUGAAGCCGUUUAGAGUGUGUUUUUUGUUCAUUUGCUAUUUAACUAUUAUAAUCAUAACAUUUGUAACAGAAUCCGUCCAAGAAGAUAAUGUUCUACAAUUUAGACCCGUGUCUCCGACUGAUCCAUCACCUAAGUUUGUUGUAUAUUGUCCUUUAAAACUUCAUUUACGAGAAAGACGUAUAGCAAGUACAACCUCCAGCAUGGUUACAAAAAGAGGAAAUCAAUUUAAAAAUUUUAUGUUGAGCAAGGACACUUCCAAAGAUGCGGCUAAUCGAGUUCAGAAAGGAUCAUACAUACCAGUAAAAUCAAACGGUAAAAGAGACGAUUCGACUUCUACUGAUUAUGAUAUUUACACGGAACCAAGUGACAUGGACAUUUUUCAAAAAUGGCUGUCGUCGUAUUAUUUACAAUAGGUCUUGGAUUUUCAAAAAUAGGAUCUUCAUUCAAUAUUCAUCACCAACAUCAUUGAUUAUAGAUAAGCUUCUGUGAAGAAAGUUUUCUAGUUUUUUGUAGUUUCUGAAGUCUAGAACUAGUAAAAUAUGUAUUAAUUGAUUUAUAUUCAAAUUAAAAUAAAAAUAGUAAAACAAAGUUUGUUCUGUUAUAGUAGUAGUACCAAUAGUUAUUUAUAAAUAUUUAAAAUAUUAUUAUGUACUCAUAAAAGUGCAUAUUUAAUAGUUUUUAUUAAAAAUAAUAUAUAAUAUUUGAAAUAAAUGAUAUGAUCAUUA